AUUAUUAUUUUAGUGACUUUUUAUAGUAUUUUUAUGGAACUUUCAAAAUUACACUAAUAUGGACGUUGUAGACACGAUUAGAACGAGUUCUCAAAGUGUCAAAGGUACAGCGAGUUGUCAGUGUGAACUGGGACGAGAGAAGUUACUUACAGCUCCGCCCUACAAGCAGGUGUCGAUUCCAGAUAACGAGAGUGUAAAUUCCCGCUUACAAACUGCCCCCUGUGCCAGAGACUUGCAACAGAACAGAUGCCCCAUUAGUCAUAUAAUUAUAACCUUUAAAUCCCCAUUGAAGCCAAACGAAACCUACACCAAAGUGUUCCCAGCGACCACUCCUAUUAAACAGGUGAAACGAAAGCUGUCGAAACUAAUCGCAGUAUCAAACAACAAUAUUUUACUGACCAAAAAUAGGCACGUUCUAAAAGAGGCGACUCUGCUAUCAGAUUUAAAAUCGGACGCGUACGGCAAUGUAGUCAUUGAUGUAUUCACGAAGAACUCCGAGGAAUUCUCCCUGUCGGCCAUACCGAAGGACUCCUACGUUCACGAUAUUUUCUACGCGAUGGUCCCAAAGAAAUUUUUACCGUUUAUCGCCAUUAAAUUUAAAGUCAAAUGCCAAAAUGGUGUGUUCACCCGUUCCUACCAUUCGAAUAUGACGAUACAAGAGAUCAAGAAGAACUUGGGUGGUAUUUUUCAAACGCGUCCCGACAACUUGGUGAUUUUGCGUGGGGGAGACACUUUGGAAAACGACGUCGCCCUGUGUAACCUCGACUACGAUAGAUACGGAAUCGUUGACGUCGAGCUAUUUACUACCGACAAUACAUAUUUAAACUUAAACAACUUGUACAAAGAAGUGCCACUGAACGAUAUAAUACAAGUUGUAGUUCCGUUAGACAAUGCGAUUAAAAAUGUUAACGUUGAAGUUUACUCCGAAACUAUAAAGAAGCCGUUUCUGGGCGGUUAUAGGAAUAUUCACACAGGUGUUAUUUACCACCACGCCUUCUCGCAGACCCCACAAAGGCCCGACAGAGUGCAGCCCGAGAACAAAAACUGCCGGGACACACAGACAGCUGAAACGCGCGACAAAUAUUACGACACAAGCUACAGUCGCGCGAUACAAAUGGACUGUGUGCACGCGUACAUACCCAACGUAACCGACAGAAUCCUCGUGCCAAGACCCUACGAGCCCUACGACGAGAAAAUGGCACACCUCAAUCUCAAACAUUACGCUACGGUCAUCCAAAGGGCCUUUAGGCGACACAGAUUUAGGCAAAAAGUAAAAGAAUGGCUUGAGGAGUGUUUAGAUAGAUUAAGAAGGAUUAGAGAAGAGGAAAGAUUAGAACAGGAGGCAAACGAAAGACGACUUAGGAAAGAUUUAAUAACCAAAACUUUUCCAAGGAAUCGAGAAGAUUUUGACCAACUGUAUGCCAUGGUCGACAGAUGGAAACAUGCUGAAAUAACCCGAAUAUCUCAGCUACACUCCAAGGGGCCUAAAAUUGCUGAAUUUAGUCUUCUACUCGACAAAGAAGUAGAAUUGUUGCGGUGCAUUGAAAGUUACAGAAUUAAAGUCAAAGAGGACAGUCGUAAAAUAAAGGAAAAACAAUUCUUGGAAGAAAUAUCUAAACCUAUUGCUUGGUACGGACGCGACGGCAAGGUGAUCACAAUGGAGACCAUUGAAAUACAAAAGGCAAGGGAGUUCAAGGAAUUUUAUAAUUCGUACCUUCGCUGCGAUAUGAGAGUGAAUGAAAGAAUCGAACUGCUAGUCGAAAUGAAAUUCUCUUUACAAGAGUUCAACCACGACUUAACCGAGGAAAUAAUAGAACUUUUGGAGAGAGAGUGCGAUCUUCUCAUUAGAGGCUGUAACGAUCAUCAGCUGGAAUUUUUGAGGCGACGCACAGCGGCAUGUAUAUUCCAACUCAUCAAAACGUCCGAACUGAAUUCGGGCGUAACCAAAUGCAAAGAUAUAAGGGACUACAGAAAGAUGGAGAACAGCAAGCUGUAUUUCUGCGAAAUGUGCCACCAGGUUAAAUCGUACACGGAUUUUCCAUUGAACACCAGAAUGAGCGGAUAUCUAGUUUGUACGUCAUGCUCAUGGAGGGACGUGGCUGAGAAAAGUUGGAUCGACAUGACGCCUUACAAGUUCAUUCUGAGGGCGACUCAAAGGGACGAAAGGAAACGGAAGUGCUGGGGUUCUCUUGCGUUCGUCCUACAGGAGAAGGACAUAUUUUACAUCGUGGAUAAGAUUUGGCAUUCGCGUUCGGCGAUCAGCGAGUGCGACGACAUGACUCAGCUGCGUCUGUGCCGAUGGCGCGUGAAAGAAGACUGGUCACCUUGGAACUGUUUCCUGAUAACCACCCAGGAGAUGAAAGCGCACGUAAAACUGGUGAAUCCUGAGCUAGUGUAUGACGACGAGUUGAUCAGAAAAGUGGUGAACAAGCAUAAACUAGCCAAGGGAACCUUCGAACAGCUGAUCUCAGUGAACCGGCGGUUUACGGAGUCUGGAGAUUGGCAUAACGUCCGCGCCGCUGCCACUGACAGGGUAGACGCUGUUGAGCCGUGUUAGAUACGAUUUAUGAUUGAUUAUUUACGAGCCGUGUUAGGGUGGAUUGCACCUACUUACUUUAUCUAUAACUUUAACUACAAUGCAAAAUGUCAAAUCUUUGGUUAAAGU